UCUUUUAUUUAUUUUCUUCUUUUCUUUUUCCAGUUUUUGUGGUUUGAUUUCUAUCUUGUUAAUUUUGUGGAAACAAUCCAUGAAAAUGGCAGUGAUGUAUCAGAAAGUGGACAUAUCUUGGAUCAGGCUGGACCAUUUAAUUUUUUGCCUGUAGAAGGUAAUUGGCCCAGGCUGAGGCGUUUUUUAAACUGAUAGAUUGUGAUCAACACACAACAGUAAAAGAGCAUAAAAUAAUGGUGCCCAGAGAGAAAUGAUUGGACAACGAAAACUAGUGGUUUGUGAAUCUAUCCAAUGGAAAAUAAACAGAAAAGUUGCUUCUGUUUUUUUUUAUGUGACUUGAUCGUUUAGCUGGUGUCUUGUAUAAUUAGAAGCUUGUUCUUGGGAUUUAUGUGCAAAAGUACAAAGGAGGAAGAGAGAAAGUGGGGAAAAGAGAGAGACAUAUUUUGAGUUUUGCAAAUGUCUUCUACAGCUUUGUCUUCAGUUUAUGCAGUUUGCAGUGAUGCAGCUGGGGUUGCAGGUAACAUCUUUGCUUUGGUGCUGUUCCUGUCACCUAUACCAACAUUUCAGAGAAUAAUCAGAAAUGAGUCAACAGAACAGUUCUCAGGAAUGCCCUACAUUUAUGCCCUCUUGAACUGCUUGAUAUGUCUCUGGUAUGGCAUGCCCCUUGUAAAACCUGGUAUUAUCCUGGUGGCAACAGUAAAUUCCACUGGGGCAGUAUUCCAAUUGAUUUACAUCUGCAUUUUUAUUCGAUAUGCUGCAAAGCCAAUGAAGCUGAAGAUGUUGGGAUUCUUGAUAUCAGUUUUUGCAAUAUUUGCUUUGAUAGUUUUUGUGAGCCUGAGAUUCUUGGACUCUCCAUCGCGGCAACUCUUUGUUGGAUAUUUAAGUAUUGCAUCUCUGGUUUCCAUGUUUGCUUCUCCUCUACUCAUAAUUAAUUUGGUGAUCAAAAUGAGAAGUGUUGAAUACAUGCCAUUCCCUCUCUCUCUUGCAACAUUCUUGAUGAGUCUGGCUUUCUUUGUAUAUGGAAUGUUCAAGCAUGAUGCUUUCAUCUAUGUUCCGAAUGGAAUUGGAACAGUUUUGGGGACUGUCCAAUUGGCCUUGUACGCCUAUUAUAACAGUGCUUCCAGAGAGGAGUUGAGGCAUCCCCUGAUAAAUCCUUGAGCAAGGUGAAAGAAAUAUUGCUUGCCAUUCAGCUUUUCCAGUUUGUUUGCCAUAGGAAGUUUUUCGUUUCCCUUGAGACCCUGGAAUUUGAUUUUUACAGCUGCAUAAUGCAAGCAAAUUCAUGUUGUAAUCUGUAUAUUUAUCAGGCAACUUAGAUUAAACACCUCUGGUGUUAAUGUUAUUAUUGUUGUUGAUCCUCAAAAGAAUCAAAAUCAUGGUACUUAUCAUAA